GAACUCAGCUCUGAAGAUACUUGGAUUGCCCCAUGUAUUUGUAAAACGGGGCAGAUUUGCGCCUCACUGGGCCAAAAGAGGGAUUCUUUUUCAAAUCUUUGUACCAGGUCCUGGAAUGAACUUGCUUCUCGGCUCAGUUUCUUUUAUCUUUUCUAUGUAGGAAAAUUGAUCAACUUUCAAAUCUAGUUCCCCUCUUGGACAAACUGUUUUCUCUACGCAUUACCCAUUUCCCUCCUUUCCAUAUAAUUUAUCUGCCCUAUACUGACUUUGGCUUCCUCUUUAAAACAGUAAUUUUUAAAUCCUUCUUCCCUCCCAACUGUAAUAGGCCGUGUCACGUGUAACUUCUUAGCCACAGCGUCCGGAGACCCAAAAAGAGAAUUUCAAAUCAGAUAGAAUUUUACAUACAUCAUUUCUUUGGAACCUUCAGUCUCCUGCAUCCCAACAUCAUGACCUCAGUUUCAACACAGUUGUUCUUAGUGGUCAUUUCACUACUUCUGAUUCUGCCUGUUGUUGAAGCAGUAGAAGCUGGAGAUGCAAUUGCUCUCUUGUUAGGUGUGGUUCUCAGCAUUACCGGCAUUUGUGCUUGCUUAGGGGUGUAUGCACGAAAGAGAAAUGGACAAAUGUGACUUUUAAGGGCCUGACUUUUAAGGGCCUGCUGAGUCAAAUUUCACCCUGAAAACCUUCGUACUCCUGAGAUCCAACCUGAGCUGUGGUCUCUAAAGUUACCAAGAAACAGUAAAUAGGGUUUUUCACAUUCUUGGUUGUUUCCCACAGAAAGGGAAACAAAUCAGUAUUCGUUAAGUGUGAAAAAAUGUUUUCUUUAUAACAAAUAAUGCACUGAAAAAUGCAGCCAGUGGUUUGUUACUUAGAAAGUAGGUCAAAGAUUUAACAUGGCUUAAAAUGGAUAAGCAGUAUUUUAUAAUUUCAGAAUUACCAGAGCACAUGAAAUAGGACUAAGGAAGCUUUUGCCCAGAAUCUUCCAAAUCACUAGUGUUUAGUUCCAGUCACUGCCUACUGAAACGUUUUGUCUUUUUUUUCAUGUUUUUGGAUUUUUAUUUUAUUUUGCAAGUUAUUAUUGUACUUAGAUAUCAAAUAGCCAAAAAUUGAAAUUUUUAUCUCUGGGUGGAGAAAAUUUAGAAAAAGUAUCCAAUACUGGAAUGA